AUGGCUUCAAUUGAUACAGUUAAAUUCUCACUGUUCUUUGUUCUAUUGUUCUGGAACUGCAACUUUCUACCUCUCUCUCAAGGUAAAGAAGAUCACCCUUAUAUAAAAAAAGCGAGUUCAUUUUCAUCACCAUCAAUUUCAGAUACAUCAUUGAACAAAGCUUAUGAUUAUAUAAUAGUUGGAGGUGGAGGUGCAGGGUGUCCUUUAGCAGCAACACUUUCACAAAAUUUCAAUCUUUCAUCAAAUUCAGCUUCACAAUACUUUGUUUCAACUGAUGGAGUUUUUAAUGCAAGAGGAAGAGUUUUAGGUGGUGGCACUUCUAUUAAUGCCGGUUUCUAUACUAGAGCUAGCCCAAGGUUUAUAAGUAAGGUAGGGUGGGAUGCAAAGCUAGUAAAUGAGUCAUACCCUUGGGUUGAGAAGCAAAUUGUUCAUCGUCCGAAGUUUUCGCCUUUUCAAAGAGCAGUGAGGGACAGCCUUAUAGACACUGGAAUCUCUCCUUUCAAUGGCUUCACUUAUGAUCAUAUUUAUGGAACAAAAGUUGGUGGAACCAUUUUCGACAGAUUUGGUCGUCGUCACACAUCUGCUGAACUUCUUGCUUCCGGAAACCCUGACAAACUUACAGUUUUGGUUCAUGCCACUGUCCAAAAGAUUGUUUUUGAUACAACAGGUAAAAGACCAAAAGCUGUAGGGGUUAUUUUCAAUGAUGAAAAUGGGAAACAACAUGAAGCAAUGUUAGGAAAUAAUAUACAAAGUGAAGUGAUAUUGUCUAGUGGAGCAAUUGGUUCUCCUCAAAUGUUAUUGCUAAGUGGAAUUGGGCCUAAAGCUGAUCUCCAAAACUUGAACAUCUCAGUGGUUCUUAACAACCGUUUCGUUGGAAAGGGAAUGAUAGAUAAUCCGAUGAAUGCACUUUAUGUUCCUUCGAAUCGGCCACUUCAUCAGUCACUCAUUCAAACUGUAGGUAUCACCAAGAAAGGUAUAUACAUCGAGGCUAGCAGUGGGUUUAGUCAGUCCAACACCAGCAUUCACUGUCAUCACGGUAUCAUGUCCGCUGAGAUUGGACAACUUUCCACAAUUCCUCCGAAGCAAAGAUCAAUAGAAGCUAUUCAAGCUUACGUGAAGAACAAGCGAGACAUACCAGUCGAAGCAUUCAAGGGAGGUUUUGUCUUGUCAAAAGUCGGCAGUGCUUGGUCAGUAGGCGAGCUCAAGUUGAUCAACACCAACGUGAAUGAAAAUCCUUCUAUUACCUUCAACUACUUCAGUCAUCCACUCGAUCUGAAACGCUGCGUUGACGGGAUCAGAAUGGCACUUAAAGUAGUCCAGUCGGAACACUUCACAAACUACACAUUGUGUAAGAAAAAAACCGCAGAGAAACUUCUUAAUCUUAGUGUGAAGGCUAAUGUCAACUUCAUACCGAAAAAUGCCAAUGACACAACAUCCCUAGAGCAGUUCUGCAAAGACACUAUAAUCACGAUUUGGCAUUAUCAUGGUGGAUGUCAUGUGGGGAAGGUAGUUAGUCCUGAUUAUAAGGUUCUUGAUGUUGAUAGACUCCGAGUUGUCGAUGGUUCGACGUUUACUGAAUCACCGGGAACAAAUCCUCAAGCCACUGUAAUGAUGAUGGGAAGGUACAUGGGAGUGAAGAUUUUGAGAGAUAGGUUGGGGAAAUUGACUGGUAUAUAA